UAUAGCAUUGUUAUCGAAUGAAAUUCUAUCCAAAAAUUUCAAUUUUAUUACUGUAGUAGCCUAUUAAUCAGGUUUAAAUAAAGUAUAAUGCAUGAUUUACUAGUAAACGUUGGUGGCGACGCAAACUUUGAUAAGAUAUUCCAUCUUCUCGUCGAUCAUCUACUAGAACCACCCGAAAACAAUGUAAUUAAACGAAAACUUGCGGAACUACUAAACUUUCCCAAUGUCGGAGAUGAGCUUACCUUCACUCUUAAGCAAGUGGAUAUCCUGCUGCGCCAGUACUGCCUGAAUGAAAUUAACGAAUCAGAACUGAGAUCACACUUUGCCCAGCUAAGUCAGCCGACACAGCGCACUCUGGUGGAUGUUGUCGAAGCACGUAAACCUGAAAUCACUCAAUUCCUGAUCAGUGAAAUUAAUGCGAAGGACAACCAACUGAUGGAAUCGUUCGAUUGGGACGUCAAGUGGAUCAUGGGAAAUAGCAGUCUUGCUUCGACACGACAACAAAUUGCGACGGUGGCUUUGAACUGUCGGGGGAAAGAUCGAAAGCUGAGAACGGUGCGCUUCGAAUUGAAUCGCACCAAACUAGAGGAACUCAUUCGGUUGUUGGAACAGAGCAUGGCAAGUGAUGAAAUGAAAUAAAUUUAAAAGUGUUUGUUGUAUA